AUUUUUUUGCGGGCCCAACGGUGUAUAGACUGUUCUGACGGACGCCCUGCUCCCUGCGCGCCGGUUUUUUAUUUCUUUUUUCGCGCUGCCACUUUAAACUUCCCUUAAUUGUCGACGUCUUCCCCGUACUCGACAUUUUUCGCUCUCAUCACUUUGUCCUCACGCUGUUCCUCGACAAACCAUCACAGUCUCAUCGCCAUUCCCGCUUGUGAUAUAUCAGGCCAAACCCUUUGUUUUGAAUCCCGUUUCUCGAAAUCUGUAACAGCCGAGAAAGUCAUUGCAAAACUGUUAGCGCCGAAAUUAACCGCAAACCAAAUUUGUCGUUGAGAACCACCUUGCUGACCAUUGCUCUUUAUUGCAGAUCACCCCUUGCUGUCUCUGCUCUCUUUCCAACCUUGCUCUUGCACCACUCCCUACCCUUGCCAGACUUGCAGAGCCACUUAAACUGACCCUCAUUAUGAACAAGCCAAAGAACGGAACCAUGGAGCCUAACGGCUCCGGCGCUCCACCAGCCAACGAUGACCCGCUCAACCAAGCCACCGCCAAGGCAUGGCUCGCUAUCGGCUCCUUCGCGGAAACGCUCGGUGAUGUCGAUAAAGCUGCCGCCGCGUACGACUCGGUGCUCCGCCACGACCCCGUGAAUGCGCAAGCGCUCACCCAGCUCGCGUCACUCUACCGCUCGCGCGACAUGUUUGCCAAGGCCGCAGAGCUCUACCAGGCUGCUUUAAACGUAGCGCCGGAACAAGGAGAGACGUGGGGCCUCCUCGGCCACUGUUACCUCAUGCUCGACGACCUCCAGCGCGCAUAUACCGCGUACCAACAAGCCCUCUACCACUUGGGCAACCCUAACGUACCAAAGCUCUGGCACGGGAUCGGGAUCUUGUACGACCGCUACGGCUCCCUCGAGUACGCGGAGGAAGCGUUCGCGCGCGUGCUCGAGCUCGACCCCAACUUCGACAAGGCGCUGGAGAUUUAUUUCCGCUUGGGGAUCAUCUAUAAGCACCAGAACAAGCUCCAGCAGGCGCUCGAGUGCUUCAAGUACAUCCUUCCGCUGCCACCCUCGCCCCUUACCCAGCCAGACAUCUGGUUCCAGAUCGGACUGGUGCUCGAAGCGCAGCGCGACUGGCUCGGCGCCAAGGACGCGUACGAGCGCGUGCUCCAGGCGAAUCCACAGCACGCCAAGGUGCUCCAGCAGCUCGGCUGUCUCUACGCGCAAGGCCUGACAUCCUUCUACAACCUCGACACCUCGCUCAAGCUUCUUGCGCAGUCGUUGGAGUUGGACAACGCCGACGCGCACACGUGGUACCACCUCGGGCGUGUGCAUAUCUCGCGUCUGGACUACACCGCGGCCUAUGACGCAUUCCAGCAGGCCGUCAACCGCGACUCGCGUAACCCCACCUUCUGGUGCUCCAUCGGUGUCUUGUACUACCAGAUUGCGCAGUACCGCGACGCAUUGGACGCGUACACACGUGCUAUCCGGCUCAAUCCGUACAUUUCGGAGGUCUGGUACGACUUGGGGACGUUGUACGAAACGUGCAACAACCAAAUCACCGAUGCGUUGGACGCGUACCGCCAGGCGCAGCGCCUCGAUCCGUCCAACCCGCACAUCCGCAACCGCUUGGAGCAGUUGAUCAAGUUGCACAAUGAGGGUGCCACCCAUGCGCCAAAGCCUCCGGUUGACCAACGGCCCACCUUACCGGAGGGCAUGUUGCCGGUCAACUCCGGGCCGCCGGAGAUGGCGCAAGGGAUGGGGAUGGGCCAUCCACAGAUGUUGGCCCCGCCGCUCCAUUUCCAGCAAUUGCAGGCGAACGGAAUUAAUAAUCCGCCACCACCGCCACCGGCGAUCCAGCACCAACAGCAGCCACAGUUGCGCGCGUUGGAUGCGGGGUAUAGUCAUUCGUACACCACCACGACGUCUGUCGCUCCAGUGGCUCCUCUCGGUGCUUUGGAGGCUGUCCCUAUUCCUGCUGUUGAGACUGCUCCUGUGGCUGAAGCUGCUCCUGUGACUGAAGCUGCUCCUGUUCCUUCUGUUGCUGCUGCUGCUGUCUCUGUCCCUGCUUCAGAGGUGGUUCCUGCCAAGAGGGAAUUGGAAGACGCCCAGGACUCCGCUACCAAGAAGGCCAGCAGCGAUGCUAGCAAACCCCGCAAUUUCCACGAUAUCUUGAGUAACAGCGGGCAGAACACCCCUGAACCGGCUACAAGCGUUACGCCUAUUCCUGUACCUGUUUCUGUUGCGCCAGUGGAGGCUCCAACUGUGCCGGUGAAGGCUCCAUCUCCUGUUGAGAAAGAAGUAAAGGGAGACGCCACGGUGGCUGAAUCUGAAGCUACCGUGCCUGUAGCUGACGCUCCAGCAGAUCCUCUCAGCGAGUUCUCCAAACCAAACGAAGCCUCGUUCGUCCAGGAGCUCGAUGAACGCGACGAACUGGCCGAGAGGGAAGAGGCCAAGGACGUCGAGGCGCCUUUGAGAAAUGUGGAGGAAGACGACAACUACGAGGACGACGAAGACGAAGUUAUGAAAGAUGCCGAGGUGGAAAAGCCGGCCGAAGAAAAAGCCAAACCCUUGGAAAACCCGGGGGAGGAAAAGACCGAGGCAUUUACCACGGCCGACUCCACUCCGGUGUUUGAAUCCAACGAGGCCGACGCCAAGAUGGACGGCCCUGAAGCUGUUGCUGAAAAGGAAGAGCAAAGGGAAGAACAAAAGGAGGAGGCGGCUGUUGCUGAGGAACCUAAGGCUGAAGCUAAGGAAAAGGCUGAGACAUCCACGGAUGCUGAAGGCGAUGUGGAUAUGGCAGAGGUGGAGCCUGAAGUUGCCGAGGAAAAGAAUACUGAAAAGUAAUGGG